UGCGCAUGGAUUUGAAGAGAUAGAAUACGCCAUAUUGAAUUCCCGUAGGAAACGGUUAGCGUUUUUUUUCCCCAGCUAGCGGUAUCAGGGGCCACUUUAUCUAUGGUCCUGAUUCGGUUUAAUGUUUAAAGACUUCUCUUCUUCGCAACCCCGGACAGUGCGGCGACAUUUGAACGGCCCAGGUAGUGGCGCAGAUUCACAACGGGCUCGCUAGUGAUACUUGUAGAGGGGUUACCGGAGAAAGAAGUUGAAUGGAUCCGAGGGUAGCUUGGAUUCAGCCCGAACAGAAAGGACCUGCGAACGCCUUAUGGAUGCACGUCUGGGAGACCUCUCAGGGAGUACGGACACUCUCCGCUCAGCACCAGCUUCACAAUCAAAACUACAACCAGUGCGUGAAUUACGCUGCGUUGGAUGUUUUAAAAAAUGUGGCGACCGCGGUGGCAUCGAGCAAGAGCAUUUGCGGCAGCACCGGUAACGUUCCUGCCAGCUUAAGCAGCAGCCAUCACAGCAUCAUGAACGGCACUACUAGUAUCAACGGCGCUGCGAUUUCCUCGCUGGGGAUAGCGCUGUCCAACGGGAACGUGUGUAACUCCUUCGCCACGGCAAACGCCGCUGAACCAGGUAAGGGCAGACCCCUGCCCCAGAAAACGGGAUCUGUCUCUUCGUCCUCCUCACAGGAAUCCGGGGCGGACAGCCCCCCUUCCAGCUGCUCACUUGAGAGGACUAUGGGAAGCAAUGUAACAAGCAACAUUAAUAAAAACGUCGGGGGUGCCAGUCUGUUUUUUAGCGUGAGGGACGGCGUGGACAAUAAUGUCAACCUCUACCACCCUCAUCUAACGUUACAGGAGCACCCGGCUUUUAAUUUACAGCAGGUUUACGUGAGGCGCCAUCAGGUACACCCCACUGCAUCUGUAAAUCACACACACAAUCACCAUCCAGGCCGAAGGAAAAGUGACAACAAAGCAAGCACUUAUGGGAUGAACUACUUGCUUUCAAACUGCACUAAUGGCAAUUAUGCGAGCACUUGGACACCCUGGAAGACAAGGAAGUACAACCCUGGCGUCCACGGACUCCACGAGGAGGUGAUGGACUUCUACAACUUCAUGUCUCCUCGGCCGGAGGAAGCCGCUAUGAGGAAAGAGGUGGUGGACCGGAUAGAGAUGAUCAUCAAGGAGCUGUGGCCCACUGCAGAUGUCCAAAUAUUUGGCAGCUUCAGCACAGGGCUGUACCUUCCAACAAGUGACAUUGACCUGGUGGUGUUUGGGAAGUGGGAGCGCCCGCCGCUGCAAGAACUGGAACAAGCUCUUCGCAAGCAUAACGUGGCGGAACCUUUCUCCAUUAAAGUGCUGGACAAGGCUACAGUGCCAAUCAUCAAGCUGACAGACCAGGAAACCGAGGUGAAGGUGGACAUCAGUUUCAAUGUGGAGACUGGAGUCAGGGCAGCAAGCUUAAUUAAAGAUUAUGUUAAGAUGUAUCCAGUGCUGCCUUACCUGAUCUUCGUUCUAAAGCAGUUUCUGCUGCAGAGAGAUCUAAACGAAGUUUUUACUGGCGGAAUCAGCUCUUACAGCCUCAUCCUCAUGGUCAUCAGCUUCCUACAGCUCCAUCCCCGUAUCGAUGCCCGAAACCCCAAUGAGAAUUUGGGCAUUUUGCUGAUCGAGUUCUUUGAGUUAUACGGCCGCCAUUUCAACUACUUGAAAACAGGGAUUCGCAUCAAAAAUGGAGGCGCGUACAUAGCCAAAGAGGAGAUCAUGAAGGCCAUGAUAAAUGGAUACAGACCAUCCAUGCUCUGCAUAGAGGACCCACUGCUCCCAGGUAAUGAUGUGGGGAGGGGUUCCUAUGGGGCCAUGAAUGUCAAGCAGGUGUUUGACUAUGCCUACACUGUCCUGAGUCAUGCCGUGUCCCCGCUGGCACAGUCGUAUCCCAACAAAGACUCUGAGAGCACCCUGGGCAGGAUAAUUAGGUUGACCCAGGAAGUGAUCGACUACAGGGAAUGGAUCAUUAAGAAGUGGGGGGGCAGGGAUCUGGCGCGAACUGACAACAGAGUUUCACCUCCCAAGGAGCCGGUGUCGGAGCAGGAGCCUUGCACGCUCGGCGGGGGCGGUGGUGGUGGUGGUGGUGUCGGAUCAGAGGAGCAGCAAAGGGACUCGGUGUCACCCCACAGCGCAGACUCCCCCAUGUCCAUCUCCAGCCCCCAGCAGCACUCUUCAGCCUCCUCUGUCUCCUCCCUGUCUGGAUCAGACAACGACUCUGAUUCAACGCUGCCGUGUCACGUCCCUCCACCUGCCCUGCCACAAUACCCGCCUCUUUCUUUCCCUCAUCUGGGCCUAGCUUUGCCACCAGGCCUCAGCAUGGGCACCGGCAAGCCCUGCAUGGGAGGACACCAUCUCCUCUUGCCUCCAGGCUCACAGGCUCGUGUCUCACUGCCCGGUGGUCUAGCAAUGCGCUCCAUACCUGGCAGACAGGUGUGUAUAGACACCGGGCUCCCCCCCUUCUUCCACAUGCCCCCCCAGCCAGCUCAUGCCCCUGCCCUCCAGCCCCCAGCCUCCGCCCAGCCCCCACUCCAGCAACCCACCCAAGAACGGAGCCAAGUUCAACGUGAAGGGCUUCCACAACCCGCCGCUGGUCAGCAACCCUGUCCUGCCUAACCGCGGACACACACACACCCACACGCACACGCACACACAGUAUCACCGCAACACUUGGCGACGCAGAAAGAGGGACAGCCUACCGGUUAGCCUCAGCAGAUAGAAACCCCCCCCCCCCCCCACGUUUUCUCCCUCUCCCCUCUGGCCCUUGGCUGGUCUCGGAGGAGGGACAGGCAGACCGAGGACCAGAGACCAGCAGUUUUCACUCUGGGGCUGCCGCCACACGGAGCAACAGCCCUCAGCUCGGCAUCUUCUUCCUACUAUCUCUACCUUUUCAUUACUGCAUGACUUUUGUUCAUUUUUUGUUUUCAGUAUUACGUUAAUUUCAGUAUUUCUCGGCCUGUCCCUGUUUAUCUUUGUUUGACUUGGUGGCGCUGCCACUUCCAAGUUCACUUGACCUCGUGUUGACCAUUGCAGCCAAGCUGGCUGUGGUUCAGUGUCAUUGUAUUUUUUUAAAUUUUUUUUUAUAUAUAUAUAUAUAUAUAUAUAUAUAUAUAUAUAUAUAUAAUAUAUUAUAUAUUAUAUAAUAUGUUUUACACUUAAAAAAACAAAUGGUUUCAUUUUGUGCAAUAAUGUUAAUUUUCUUUUUUGAAACGAAAGUAAAUGGUUAUUUAAUUUGUGUGCGUGUAUAUGUAAAGGCAUUUUUAUACAGUUGUUUUAUUUUUGUAGAGUUUUAAAAUUUUGUUUACAAAACCUUUCCCCAGGCAGCAUCUCUGGUAUGUAUGUGUGUGUGUGUUCCUCAGUUGUUGUUUCGGUGCGUGUGUGUGGGAGUGUGUGCGCCAGUCUGUUAUCAGGUUGAGAUGGACCCCAGUUCAAAAGCAGCCGCCCCUCCCCUCCCCUCCCCUCUCCUUCUCUUCCACUCUUCCCUCUUUACUUGUGCUGUUCUGUUUGAGAAAGAGAAGCAGGACCAGACAGGGGGACGGAGUUCUUAUCUUGAUAUUCCUUCCAUUUUUCUUCAUCUGUCCUGUGGUAAUGGGCGAGGUUAACUUGAAAUUCCUCCUGGAAGUUUUUAUUCCUCAGUCCAGUUAGUCUUAAGACGUCAUGGAGGAGAAGUGGGGGAAUGGAAAGUGCACCCUGGGAUAUCCUGAGAAACAGGAUGUAAUUCUGUUUGGGCCUAGAAGAGCAGAGCAGCUCCUGAGCAGAUCGAGUUUUAGCAGUGCCACCUCGAGAUUGUGUGUCGUGUGUGUAUAUCUCCGUAUGUGUGUGUCCCUGUUAUGGGACGGUACUGUUGCCAUAUUGUGUCGGUCUGGGGAAGGCUGGUAGUGGCCUGCUAGUUUUCUCUCCACUGGAGAUUUUAAAAGGAAAGCCUCCAGACAGUGCAGGAUGUUGGUCUUAAGGGCCUGUUCUGUUAGACAAAUAGUGCGUUUUCAUUUUUGUGCUCAUCUCUUUUUAUUACAUGUAGUAGGAGGGUUGGGCCAAGAAGGCAACAGCGUACAUCUGACUUGAAUUUGAAGAUCAAGACUAGGGUGAGAGGGCUGAAAGCCACUGAUUCCAGGUAUGGAGAAAUCCUCAGUCUGUCUAGGACGUCGUCAUGGAAAUCUGAUCCCAGGGCUCAGGUCAACUCUUGCCCGAAGCUGAAAAUCAGUGUAGACCAACGCUAAGAUGCUCAGCGAUAAGGUUUUCUCCUUUUUACGGUCCUGGACAAAGGAAAAGGAGGGAAGUGUGGGGGGGGUCUUCCUGAACCAAGGACCCUAGUGAAAGGGAAUUAUAUUUUGAUUCCAUUCAGGAAUCUCGUGUGUAUUUGAUUGCCAGGUACUUCCGCUAAUUGUUUGCAAUGCCUUUCUUUGUGUUUACUUGGAGUGUGUGUACGUCGUUUUCCGCGAGCACACGGUGUCACAAAUGCACACACACUCACAGACAGGACUGUCGAAGGCUGUGCCUCACCCAGAACACUACACACGCUGGUGUUAUUACUAUGCAAGUGGAUUAUUCAAAUUAUUGUGUCAACUCAUGUCUUUCUGUUGUUGUUUUUUGUUUGUUGUUGUUGUUGUUGUUGUUUUUUUUGAAUGACAAACACUGCUUGUUGGACUGAAGUAAUGUUAAUGACUUUCAAGACUCGCGAGCCAAGUCAUGUGAACUACAAGUCCGCCACCCCCCCACUCUGCCACCCCCCACCCCUUGUAUUUGUAUGAAGGUCCUGAUAUGUUUCAAGGUCUAGUUUUCUACAUUUAUCAGUCAAAUGUAAGGAAUGGGGGAUGUUAAUGUCAAUGGUUGGGUGUGUGUAGUGUGUGACAGCGCAAGGUGUGUGUGUGAGAAAGUAUCGAGACUCAUGCCUUGCCUUCACAGGUUUUUAAUCCGACGCCCGGCGGUUCAUGAGCCAAGUGCACUCAGAGAGCGCCUUGCACUCUGCAGGUGCACUUCAGAAGGGGCCGAAGUGUCCACCAACAAUUCUCUACCUUUUACUGAGACUCUGUUAAGUACUGCUACGCUAUUUUAAGUUUCCUUUUUCUUUAAAACCAUCGCAACUCUGAUCCCUCAGUCAAAACUGCACCUGGCAUCAAUUCAAUCUCAGAUGAAGGGGUUCUGUUUGGGCCCCUUGUCUUACAGGCAGUGCAGAUUAUGAGCUAAUUGUCACCUCCAGCUAGUGAAAUCUCUUUCACGUUUUAAUGAUUUGACCCACAAAAAAAAAU